UUUAAACCUCCAUGACAGAUCGGAUUUCUGAAUAUGCGCACAAGAGUUGUUCACCCGGAACUCUGAAAAAAAUCUCCGGGUCAUCGGCAAGGUAAACCGAGUCUUCUUGUUCACUGGAAGAGGGACAAAAAACCAUAACUAAGACUUCCUGAAGUAGCAUGUUACUACUGGGAAACAUGUCUGGCCCAGAGGGAUAAAUCGUCCGAAAAAUUCUAAAUGGUGAAUCCAGACGUGUUAUGGCCGAUGGAUGCUCAACCAAAAAACGAUACCUAACUCUUGUAACUUGGAUAUUAAUGGCCUUUAACAUAAAAAUAGCUACUUGUCAACAACGAUGUCCACCGACAAAAAGAAUAUUAAAUGCUGAAAAUUUUCCGAAGUUUGCCAGCACGUCUAACUAUCCCUCAAAUUAUCCACCAAAUGAGCAGUGCAAAUGGAGAAUUCAUGCCCCACCUGGGCUAAAAAUAAGAUUUAAAGUGGUGAAUUCCUUUAUAGAGUUCCCUAACUCCAAAUGCAAUGGAGAUUACGUUGAGGUCUUAGAAGGUAGUAAAAGCUUGAAGAAGUUCUGUGGUUCCCAGGAACCGGAAGUUAUUAGUGCAAGGAAUGUUUUAGACGUGCUCUUUGUGUCAGACAGCAUGGUAGAGACAAAAGGAAUGAAUUUUUCCUACGUCGCAGGUCUUAACUUUUCAAGGCCCUAUCAAACAACUUCAGAAGCUCCUUUGGGUAAAAAAACAAACAAAGUGGCUAUCAUUGCGGGCAUUGGUGGCGCGGUGCUGUGCUCUGUGAUAUUUUUUAUCGUCUUGUGUGUAUGUCUGUCUACAAAACGCUGUGGCUGUCCAUGUAGAAACACUGCCCAGACUGUAGAACCAUUUGAUAACCGUCAGAGAAGUCAUCAACCAAUAAGCAGAACGAAUUCGGUUUUUACUCACCACCACAUGGGGAGGAGUGUAGGUUCCCUCCCAACGGAGGAUGACAUUAUAUCCUUACGAGUCUUGUCUCCUCCACCCUACAGCUCGGGGCCUCCGCCCUCUAUAGACAGUCCCACGAAUUCUUCUUCCCCACCACCACCCUAUUCUUUCAGUGACCCUAACCCUGAUGCGGGUCGGACAGACAGUUUACCGAGCUAUCCAGGGGAGGUUAGUCGGUACUGAAGCAAUAUCUACGAUUCUGAAGCAAGGAAUCAGUCUGUCAUUGUGUUCAAGCAAAGGUUCCGUCCAUAUUGUUUAUUUUGUGCCAAAAAAAUAUUUAAACUUUGACAAAAGUAAUAAAAUUCCGAAAAGGAAUUCCAGUGUAUUGAAGAUAUUCUUCGUAUAUGUUGAUUUUAAACAUAAGCCUGUCUGACAAAAUAUCGCCAUAAUUAAUUUUUUUUAUGAACGUAUCAUUUUGUGAAUCAACGAAUAUUUUGUUUGGAAGGCCUAAUGUUUUAAAAACGAGUGAAUCCUUCCAUGAUUUGAGUGAGCUCUAGAAACUGAAGGAUUAUCAAAAAGUUUUGAAUCUUUUCCCUUUUUACAUUACGAAAAAGUCGAUGAGGAUGGUCAAAUAACGGUACUUAACGGAGUUUUUUAUGGAUAAAAACGAAAAACAUUGCUUCGUACUCUAAACGUCUGUGAUGUGUUCAAUUAAUAUAUAUUGAGCUGUCUAUUAAGAAAUUUUUCUCAACUCAAAAAUUUGUACUUAUAAUUUCCUAAAUUUGAAUAACA